AUGAGCGUUUGGGAAGAAAAUGAUGAAAUAAAAAUAUUUCGAGAAUAUCUUCAAAUACCAAGUGUUCAUCCAAAUGUAGAUUAUGUUACAGAACCAUGUGUGGCUUUCAUAAUCAAGCAAGCUGAAAGCCUAGUGCUUCCUUAUAAGAUCUCUAGACCUGGUGGUGAAGAUCAACCUAUUGUUAUUAUAACAUGGUUGGGAAUUGAUCCUGAAUUACCAUCAAUAAUGUUGAACUCACACAUGGAUGUGGUAUCAGUGUAUCCAGAAAAAUGGUCACAUCCUCCAUUUGCAGCUGAAAUAGAUUCAGAAGGUCGAAUUUUCGCUCGUGGUGCUCAAGAUAUGAAAUCAAUAGGAAUGCAAUAUUUAGCUGCUAUUCGUGCUUUGAAAAAAGAUGGUGUUACAUUGAAAAGAACUAUUCAUGUUACUUUUGUUCCAGAUGAAGAAUCAGGAGGUAAGCUUGGAAUGGAUAAGUUUGUCCAAACCGAUGACUUUAAGAACCUUAAUGUUGGAUUUUCUCUUGAUGAAGGCCGUGCAACUCCUGAUGAAGCUUUUAAUGUAAAUUAUUCUGAACGGACCAUGUGGCGUCUUCAUUUAAAAAUAUCUGGUUCAACUGGUCAUGGGUCUUUGCUUCAUGAAAAUACCGCUGGUUGUAAGCUCAACUUUCUUCUCGAGAAACUUAUGAAUCUAAGGCAACAACAAGUUGAUCGUUUGAAAAAUGACCAAAACCUUACAACCGGUGAUGUUAUGACCAUAAAUCUGACGAAAGUUAACGGCGGAGUUCAAGUUAAUGUUGUUCCGUCAAUGAUUGUAGCCGUUUUUGACAUUCGAAUUCCACAUACUAUGAACCAUGAAGCUUUAGAUAAACAGAUUAGAACUUGGUGCAAUGAAGCUGGUGGAGUUGAAGUAUUUUAUGAACUCAAGGAACCUAAGAAUGAACCAACCAAGCUUGAUGCAAGUAACAUUUUUUGGACUGCAUUUAAAAGUGCUUUUGAAGAAAUGGGUCUUAAAAUGAGGCUAUUGAUUACUCCCGGAGGAACAGAUAGCCGUUAUUUGAGAAAGCUUGGUAUACCUGCUCUUGGAUUUGGUCCAAUGAAUUUCACACCAACACUGCUACAUGCAAAUGAUGAAUUUCUGAAAGCCGAAAAUUAUUUGAAAGGAAUAGAAAUUUAUAAGACCAUAAUUCCAAAAUUAGCAAACGCAUAAGAAGUUAAUAAAAUUUUAUUCAACUAU